GGAAGACCCAGUGGUGAGUGUAAAGAGUGAGAAGAGGCGGGACGGGGGAGGGCCGGGGUUUAUCUCGAUCUCAUUUAAUGCUGCCGCUCCCUGGUGUUAGUCUCAAGCAGCAGACCAGCAAGAAGUGCGAUAAGAUCAGUGAAUGAGACUUCAGAGAAUUGGGCCUCUUGUGCAUCUGUUGCUCCCUAAAAUUAGAUUCAUCAUGAGCCGCUCCAUCAGCACAGGAACCUUCCAAAACACUCUCCCUCUCAACUACCGUGGGGGGAGUAGGACACAGCCUGUAGACACCGUAGGACAGGAACAGGCCUAUGAGCCGUCUACAGGUCGGGUGAUUGCGACAUUCGCCUGCUCAGGAGAAAAGGAGGUGGAUCAGGCCAUUCAAAGUGCAAAGUCGGCUUUCAAAAUAUGGAGACAGAAAUCUGGCAUGGAGCGAGGCCGAGUGCUGUUAGAAGCUGCUCGCAUUAUCAGAGAGCGCAGUGAAGAGAUUGCUACCAUGGAAACCAUAAACAAUGGAAAGUCUAUCUUUGAAGCUCGGGUAGAUGUGGAGAUCUCGUGGCAGACUCUUGAGUAUUAUGCCGGACUUGCUGGGACCAUGGCAGGUCAGCAUGUUCAGCUGCCUGGCGGAUCGUUUGGCUACACAAGGAGGGAACCCCUGGGAGUCUGUGUUGGAAUUGGUGCCUGGAAUUAUCCCUUCCAGAUCGCAUGCUGGAAAUGUGGCCCUGCCCUGGCUUGCGGUAAUGCGAUGGUGUACAAGCCCUCUCCCUUCACCCCAAUAACGGUGGUCCUGCUAGCGGAGAUCUUCAAAGAGGCCGGUGCUCCCCCAGGGCUAUUUAAUGUGGUGCAGGGGGGAGCAACCACAGGGGAGUUCCUCUGCAAACAUCCAGAUGUUGCCAAAGUCUCCUUUACUGGCAGUGUCCCUACAGGGUCCAAGAUCAUGGAGAUGGCCUCAAAAGGCAUUAAACCGGUAACCUUGGAGCUGGGGGGGAAGUCUCCACUUAUUAUCUUUUCUGACAGCAACCUUGAGAAUGCUGUGAACGGAGCUAUGAUGGCAAACUUCCUCUCUCAGGGACAGGUUUGCUGCAAUGGUACCCGCGUAUUUGUUGAGCGAAACAUCUUGGACAAGUUCACUGAAGAGGUGGUGAAACGGGCAAAGAAAAUCAAAAUUGGAGACCCUCUGUUGGAGAAUACUAGGAUGGGACCACUUAUCAACCGACCCCAUCUGGAGAAAGUCCUUGGUUUCCUGAAGUCUGCUCGGGAGCAGGGAGCUAAAGUCCUCUGUGGGGGUGAACUUCACACUCCAGAAGACGCUAAACUGAAAGGCGGGUUCUUCCUGUUGCCCACUGUACUGGGAGGUUGUAAAGAUGACAUGACCUGUGUUAAGGAUGAAAUAUUUGGCCCUGUGAUGUCCAUUCUGCCCUUCGAUACAGAGGAAGAGGUUUUGGAGAGAGCCAACAACACAACUUACGGUUUGGCAGGAGGUGUCUUCACCAGGGAUAUCCAGCGAGCGCACAGGGUAGUGGCUGCUCUGCAAGCCGGAAUGUGCUUUAUCAAUAACUACAACAUCAGCCCAGUGGAGCUGCCUUUUGGAGGCUACAAAAAAUCUGGUUUCGGACGAGAGAACGGGAAGAUUGCCAUCGAGUAUUACUCCCAGCUCAAGACUGUCUGUGUGGAGAUGGGGAACGUUGAGUCCGUGUUUUAGGUUCAAUGAAAGAUCUGUAGUUUUUCUUCUGCGCAAAUCCUUCUGAAUAUGCCUGAUGUCGUCAAACCUUUAUAUACAUUUUGUGUUCUCGCAUUCCUCAAGUGUUAAUUAAAAAAAUAUAUAAAUACAUUGGGCUCUGCAGUUUAAUAACCCAUCUCACCCGUGAUAUUUGGAUAAUUUUGUUCUUAAAGGAACAGCAAGCACUGUUUAAUUAAAGACGUUUCUAUAGAAUAACAUCAGACAAGUCUUAAAGCAACAUUAACCCCAAUUUUUUUUUUCUUUAAUGAUUUAGAAAGAGAAUGCAAUUUUAAACAACUUUCUAAUUUGCUUCAUUCUCUUGAUAUUUGCUGAAAAGCAUAUCUAGAUAGGCUCAGAAGCUGCUGAUUGUUGGCUGCACACAGAUGCCUCAUGUGAUUGGCUCACCCAUGUGCAUUGCUAUUUUUUAAACAAAGGAUAUCUAAAGAAUGAAGCAAAUUAGAUAAAUAGAAGUCCAUUGGAAUUUUGUUUAAAAUUGUAUUCUCUAUAUGAAUUAUGGAGGAAAAAAAUUGGGUUUAAUGUACUUUAAUAUUUUUAAAUCAAAUUAACUUUUUUUGUUUCUACUGUAAUUCUUUUUCAGUAGCCAAACUGCACCCACCGUUCCUUAUUUUGAGGAGCCAAUCAAGUCUUUAGUCAGCAGACAGGCUAGCCACUGUCAUAACAUACAUUUUGUCUAAUUGCUUUUAACAGGUAACGGCAAAUAAAUGCAUUUUGUACUGUUAGCCAUAAGUCAGCAAGGUGCAUUUCAAGUUCUGAGUAUUAGAAAUUGCAAAUUAAAUAAAGAAAAUAUAUUGCAAA